AUCGCCCGAGCUUUUACAAAGCGAUACAAACCACUGAAAAACGAAUACACGAUGAAGCCGUCCCGCCGACGACGUGAAGCGGUCGCCAGUCUGGUGCGCUCGCGGGGACGCUACACACGACCCACACCACCAGUCAGUUGCCAGUGGAGCCAACAUGAAGGGACUACUUCUGCUGGCGAUAGCGCUCGCCGUGCUCUGCGCCGCUGAUGCCGAGCGCCACCGGCGGCGGCACCGUCGCCUGCGCACCAGCACGACGCCGGCGCCGGCGCCGCUGAGCGCCGAGGACGAGGAGGCCGAGCACAUCGAGCUGGCCAUGGCCGAGAAGAUGGACGAGACCAAGUUCCAGGAGUACGAGAGGGAGCGAGUGAGUGCGUUGCUGGAACAGAUGUCGCGCGACCGCGGUGUUGUCUACAACGAAGUCUACCUCGGAGACCCGUGCCUGAAGGUGCACUGCAGCGCGGGCCGCGUGUGCGAGAUCGACGAGCACGGCGACGCCGUCUGCAACUGCAUCAAGGAGUGCCCCUACGAGACUGAGUCGCGCCGCAAGGUGUGCACAAACAACAACGAGACGUGGCCGUCGGACUGCGAGGUGUACCGGCAGCGCUGCCUGUGUCUGGAGGGCUCCGACCAGUGCAAGGGGCCGCAGUACCACCACGUGCAGAUCGACUACUACGGCCAGUGCAGGGAAAUGCCGGCGUGCAGCGAGAGCGAGAUGUCGGACUUCCCGCGGCGCAUGCGCGACUGGCUGUUCAACAUCAUGCGCGACCUCGCCGAGCGCUCCGAGCUCACCGCGCACUAUCUGCAGAUGGAGAGGGAGGCCGAGACCAACCUCACCAGGCGCUGGACCAACGCGGCCGUGUGGAAGUGGUGCGAUCUGGACGCUCACGACAACGACCGAUACGUGUCCCGGCACGAGCUGUUCCCGAUCCGCGCGCCGCUGAUGGCGCUGGAGCACUGCAUCGCGCCCUUCCUCGACCGCUGCGACGAGGACCACGACCACCGCAUCACGCUGCACGAGUGGGGCAAGUGUCUGCAGCUCGACGAGUACGACUUGGAGGACCGCUGCGACGAGUUCGUGGACGAGCCCGCGCCGUGAGCCGCGCCCGCUGAACCUGAUCCUGUUGUCUCCAGCAUAUCUAAUGCCCCUAGUAUAUAUUUUAUAAAUCUGUUAUUGUACGUUAUCUAAUUUUAUUGUACUGUUAACGUACAUGCCGAUGCCUAUUUGUUUAUUUCCAUACAAAGUUCAGAUUAAAUAACGUACAAGUAAUGAAAUGAGGCAUGUAAUAGAAACAUAACAUCUCUGAAUAAUAAUGUAAUUGGAAACUGAUUUACCUCCUUCACAGUUUAUAUACCAAGUUGCCAUAAAUAAAUUAUUUAGAUGUAAGCAUAAUGAAUCUUUUAUAAAUGAACUUGUAAAAGCAGUACUGUGAUUUUGCUGCCAAAUAUGUUUACAUAAACGUAUUUUUAAUAAACUAGUGUAAAUAU